AUGCAGCCAGCGGUGAUUACGGGGCCACUCCUCGCCCUCGCCGCGGCCAGGCGCCUGCUCUUCGUGCCGCCUCUCCACGGCUUCGCGUCCAUCACCAUCCCCUCGUCCAUCGGCGGCGGAGGCGGGGGCAACGGCGGCUUCUUUGGAGGAAGCGGCGGCGGAGGAGGAGACUCUGAUGCCGGCGCUGCUGCUGCGGCGGCAGCCGCCGCUGCACUCGGUGAGACUGGGACGGCGGAAGACGACGUCAUCCUGCUCCACGUCGGGGGGAUGUCGUGCGGCGGGUGCGCCUCCAAGGUGAAACGGAUUCUCGAGAGCCAGCCUGAGGUUGCUUCUGCCACGGUGGACUUUGACAAGGCAACUGCGGCCGUGUGGACAAGGCCUGAAGCCAAGCAAACGGAAGACUGGCAGAAGCAACUGGGACAGAAACUUGCACUUCACCUAAGCAACUGUGGAUUCCAAUCUCAUCUGCAUGAUGAAGCUGGAGACGAAUAA